CAAGAUGGCCGUCUCCUGCCGCUUCGCGGCCCGGCUCCAGCCCAGCCGCCGCCUUCCUGUCGGGGCCCCGCUGCUUCGCGUCGCCCUCUACCUCCUGUGCUGGGCCCCGGCGGCUGUGGACGCCGUCCCGGAGCUCGGGCUCUGGGCAGCGACGGUCAACGACAAAUCAGGACCUUUGAUAUUUAGAAAAACUAUGUUUAACUCUACUGAAAUCAAGUUUUCUGUUAAGUCAUUCAGUUGUUCUGGGCCUGUGAAGUUUACCAUAGAGUGGCAUUUGAGGCAUUAUACCUGUCAAAAUGAAUAUUUUAAGCUGGAGGAGGAGCUAUCACAAAAACAGGAUCCUGGUGUUGAAGACUUUUGUGGCCGUUUCAAGAACACUGAAUGUUGGACAACAAAAUAUGAAAACUUAGAUUGCAACAGUGACUUACAGGUGUUUCCCUCACUGACUAAUAAGGAACUAAUUACAAAUACCAGAAAUGUUUCAAACCAGGAAAGAUCAACAGAUGUUGUAGCCCGAACACAGAGAGAUGGGUUUCAUAUCUUUACUGUUUCUAUUAAAACGGAAAAACCAGAAGCAAGAUGGAAUUUGAAUGUUUCUCUUUCUAUGAUUGGGCCUCAUGGAUAUAUUUCUGCAUCAGAUUGGCCUCUGAUGAUUUUUUACAUGGUGAUGUGUAUCGUUUAUAUUUUAUAUGGCGUACUGUGGCUGAUGUGGUCUGCCUGUUAUUGGAAAGAUAUAUUAAGAAUUCAGUUCUGGAUUGCAGCUGUUAUUUUCCUGGGAAUGCUUGAAAAAGCAGUUUUUUAUUCUGAAUAUCAAAACAUCAGCAGCACUGGGCUAUCAACCCAAGGUUUAUUGAUAUUUGCGGAGUUGAUAUCUGCGGUGAAGAGGACAUUGGCUCGCCUCCUUGUGAUCAUUGUGAGCUUGGGCUAUGGCAUUGUGAAGCCCCGUUUAGGAACAGUCAUGCACCGGGUGGUCGGACUGGGGAUUCUUUACUUUAUCUUCGCAGCUGUUGAAGGCGUGAUGAGAGUUAUUGGGGGUUCUCACCAUUUAGCUGUUACUUUUGGUGACAUUAUUUUGGCAGUUAUUGACUCCAUUUUUAUAUGGUUUAUAUUUAUAAGUUUGGCACAAACUAUGAAGACUCUAAGGCUAAGAAAGAACACAGUGAAAUUUUCUUUAUACAGGCACUUUACAAAUACUCUGAUCUUUGCCGUACUAGCUUCUAUAGUGUUUAUGGUGUGGACAACGAAGACAUUUAGAAUUGCAAAAUGUCAAUCAGAUUGGAUGGAACGCUGGGUUGAUGAUGCAUUUUGGAGCUUCCUUUUUUCACUUAUCCUUAUUGUAAUAAUGUUUUUGUGGAGACCAUCAGCAAACAAUCAGAGAUAUGCCUUCAUGCCGUUAAUCGAUGAUUCUGAUGAUGAAAUUGAAGAAUUUAUGGUACCAUCUGAAAAUUUAACUGAAGGAAUAAAAUUAAGAGUCUCAAAAACGGUUUCCAACGGAACAGCUAAACCUACUUCUGAUAAUUUUGAUGAAGAUUUGAAGUGGGUGGAAGAAAAUAUUCCCUCUUCAUUCACAGAUGUAGCUCUUCCAGUAUUAGUGGAUUCAGAUGAGGAAAUCAUGACCAGAUCUGAAAUGGCAGAAAAAAUGUUCUCGUCAGAAAAGAUAAUGUGAUUGGAACCCAUAGAACUGAAACCAGGUUAAUGGUGAGAGACUUCCUCAAGACUGAAAGAGAGCUUUGUUGUGAUAUAGUGCAGCAAGGUUUUAUUGCAUUAUCUUGGAAAUCUGUGUAUUACAACUAAGAAUUCAGGUGGUAGGAGGGUUCUGCGACCGUUUUAAGCUGCUCUGGAAUGUCGGCUUCUUGUCCAUUAAUUGCCUGGAUUUCGAAAUAAUCUAAGAAAAGUAUUAUGAUAAAGAAAUAUGCCCAAAUGCCCUUAGCUGAGAGGUGGCAGGGACGUGGAUUUGGGUCUUCUCUUUUCUCUGGAAAAUAUAUCAAUUCCAGACUUAAAAAUACUUUUUACAUAAAUACUCCUACUAUUCUUCCACUACCCUUUGAGGUAAAUGAUGUGAUUCUUCUGUAGUAUGGUAAAGCAGCAUCUCCAUCUCUUGGGUGUGUAGUUACUAGAUGCAAAAUAAUUUUCUUUGACUUUUAUACUGAAGUGAUUUGAAAUUAAGUAAAACUUGGUUAGCCUUAGAACAUAAGCAUGUUUAUAUGGUUAGCUUUGUUGUGUGGGUGUGUGAGGCUGUGGGUGUGUAUACGUAUUCAUACGGGUCCACACAAAGUCCUUGUCUGUAAAUAUCACUGUGCACACCAAACCGCAGAGUUGGGUCCCCUCUGUCUGGGCUCAGGGGAACACAAGAACACAGGAAAGAGGUCUUGAUGGUCACUUCCAAGGAUCUGCUCUGCCAUUGUCCCCUCACUCAGGCCAUAUGUGCACGUGCUGCUGCGGAAUCUGUCUGGGGCAGGUGCUAGACAUGUCGCCACAUCGCAGUUUCUCUCCGGCAAGCUGGGGGACUCAUUACCAGUGACCCUUGUAGACACCAGAACUUCUUUACAUAAUCUUGGUUUAUUUGGUUUCAUAAUGAAACAUAUGUUUAUCUGCACAGUAUAUCACUAUUAAUCUUGUAAUUAAUUUCUUAACCUUCAACCAUGUUUUACAUAUCAUUUUGUUACAUUAUAUAUGUAAUACAUGAUUUGAAAAUUUUUUGUUUUAAUAUUUUUUUAAGUGCAGAACAUUCUAAACUUGAAAGGUAGUUGAAUGUAGAAUGUUGGAAAUGUGAAUGUUUUGCUGCUUUCAUGACCAAAGAUACAGGGCUAGUGGACAUUUAGAAUAGGAAUAAAAGUUAGAAUCUUGUAUAUCUUUCUUUGAAGAGGUUCUAACCUUGUGAAUUGAGAAUGACUUCAGAGAAUUUUGACUGAGAAGCAUUUAAAGCUUUAACCAGUACAAACACUUAAGUAUAACUGUUAAUUUAUUUUCAUUGUGAGCCACAAAACAAAAUUUUUUCUUUCAAGAGCCUACCUUUUCAAUUUAUUUCUCAUUUACUCUUGUCAUAGGAGUUAGCAAAAAAAAAAAAAAAUUCUAGUAAUAAUGUGUCUUGAAAGAUACUUUCAAAUUUAUUUUUGAUAGAGAACACUGAAUGGUUUGGGGCAUCCUUCCUAGGAAAAGAAUGUCAGUUAGUGUGGGUUCCAUUCCUUAUUUCCAUUUCUGCCACAAUAAUGGGCCCCCACCCACUACAUUUCCCAGCAUUUAUGUCCAUUCUGGCUUUGGUAUAUUUUACCCUGGGCCCAGUUGUUUCAGAGCCGGAGGUGACCCUGCCUUCUUAUUCCUAACAUUUUUCUCUACUACCAUUCCCAGAUUUUGAGGCAGACCCCCAACUCAUCAUAUGACUCCAGCUGAAGUUUGAAAUACAGGGUCCUGGGCUUCCAGCCUGUAGGAGCUGCAGAUGUAGUGGGGCAGGAGUGGGGCAUCGAUUGUGAGCACAGGGGACACUGCCUCUGACAUAACCUCAAUAGUGGGUAUAAAAACAUCUCUGCGGCUGGAGUGAUAAAGGAUGCGACGUGUAUAGCUCAGCUACAGGCUGAAAAGCAAACUUUUCUCAUCUUCUAGAGAAAGCAGGUUUCCCUCCUGAUAACCUUGUCAGAAAUGUUGUUUUUCCAAGGGCAUAUAUCUGUCACUUUCAGUGAUAAUUGUGUCGUCAGUUGAUGUCUCUUGACCUGAAUUGAGUAUUCCUAUGGAAGGUCCUCUUAGCCCCCUCAUAUAAAUAGGAGGGGGUGUCCUAGGGCUGUAGCUGUGGUUCGUCUGAAGGACACUGGGGAAAAGUGAUACCUGGGGCCAUUGUACAGCCCUUUAUCCCAGCUUCUGCACAAAGUGUCCAGAAACUGGCCAUCAAAGCUUUUGAGUUUAUCAGAUCAGUUUAUUCUUGGGAUGCCACCAAGAUGGGUCUCAUUAUAAAUGAAGGAAUCUGAGAAGAGUCCAGUUUUAUGUGUUUCUAGACAAAAUGCUUAAGUGUUCUAAUGCAAGUCAUGUUAGAUUUAUAUGAUGUGUGAAAUUUGCUUACAAGGGAAUUUUCAUGAUUUGAGUUAGAUUAGCAUUUAAUUAUCUGCUUUAAAGGAUAGUUAAUUUAUUUCAAAAAUAAAAAAUAGAUGAAUAUGUGAAUUUUUUAAGACUGAGAGAUGAUGUCCUUUACUUUUCCUGUAAAGAAGAUAAUUUUUAAAUCUUUCAUAUCCUGUAGAGAAAACCAACUUUUCCUCUGUGAUACAGUACAUUAUGUUUGCACUACUAUAAUGUCAAGACUGAAAGUAUAAAAAAUGUACAUAUAAGAUUGAUUUUUAUAUCUUUUUUUAAAAAGGGGUUUGAGGUGCCUGCCUGGCUCAUUCAGUAAAAAAUACGACUCUUAAUCUUGGGAUCGUGAGUUCGAGCCCCACGUUGGGGGUAGAGUUUACUUUCAAAAUAAAUAAAAGGGGUUUGAGUUUGUUGCACUAAGCUAUAUAUGACUAGUUUAGAGAGAUGUUAUGCUAGAUUUAAAAAUCACUAGUUUUCUUAAUGUGUCUUUGUAUGAUCAACAGCAUGCAAUAAGCAAUACAAAACACCAAGCCUUAUACUUACAAGAAAGAAGUUUAACAUAUUGAUAAAGUUCUAAACAUAUCAAAUGUAUAUAAGUGACAAAAGUAGGAUUUUAAGGAAAUGUACAGUAUCUAUAGAAGCUCAGUACUGCAUUAAGAAACUUCUUUAGAACUAGGAAAGCAUUCAUGUAUUUGAGGAGAAAAUUCAGGGGUUUGAGAAGUUCUAUUUUUCUAUUUAAAAGGGUUAAAUUAUUGUAUAAUUUGGAAGAAGUUGCUUUGGAUGUAGGACAAAACUGUUUCAAAGAUUUUUGUUUGAAACGUUGAUGUAUUUUUGUGCCUUAAUAUUUGUUCUGACUUUUAAUAAAAUGCUUU